UUUUUUUUUUCUGCUAGAGGUUGACAUAAAUUCACAUAAAACCUCGUCCACAACCACAGCCCAAAUUCCACCUUUUCCCAAAUCCUCCUUCUUUUCCCUUAUCCCACAUACAUCUCUCUUUUUCCUUUUCAAUUUUACUCUCUUUUCCUGAAGAGUGACCAUCUGAGCCUCUCCAACUCAGAUUCGGGUACAUCCUCUUCUCGAGACAAAAAAAGAGAUUAUUAGUUCUUUGCCGCGACUUGGCUUAGACUGGAUUAGACGAGCCACAAUAGAGUAGAUUCUGAACGACGUUCUGUCAGAAGUUCUACGGGCUCCAGACGAAGGCCACUUCCUAGACUUGGUUGUGUCUCUUAGAUUUUUUCUUUUUUCGUCGACGAUUCCCAACACCGCACUUGCGACCGAGAAAAGUUCGUCGUCAACUCGGGAUAAUACCAUACUCGACGACAUCCUCCGAUCAAGAUAUCCUAAUCAUUUACCUUCCGAACAAAAAUAAUCAAAAUGUCUACGGCCCAGGAGAACGCCGAGUCCAUCAAGAUCUUGGAUGAUCUGAUGCAAAAGCUCACCCUUUCCAAGGAUGCUGCUUCUAUCAAGGACGCAUCUCACACUCUGGCCUCUUUCAUCAACGGCCGCAUCGAGGACCAGGAAGCCCCCACCAGAACCGUGGAAGCCCUGAAGAAGCAGAUUUCUAACAAGAAGGAUGCUUUAGCCCGCGAGAAGGCUGCCAAUGCCAUCCAGGCUAUUGCCCAGCACUCCGAGAUUGCCCCCAAUGUUGAACCCUACUUAGUUCUUCUACUACCUCUUACUCUGGCCGCCAUCGGCGACAAGAUUACCGGUGUUAAAAAUGCUGCUAUUGCCGCUACCACCGCUAUCGUUGAAGCCGUCAACCCCAAUGCUGUUAAGGCCGUCCUUCCCAUCAUUGUCAAGUCCAUUCUCGAGGCCCAGAAAUGGCCCGAGAAGAUUACCGCUCUCGAGUGCAUUGAUAUCCUCGUUCGAACUGCCCCUGCCCAGCUCGCAUACCGCGUUCCUGAGCUUAUCCCUGUCGUCUCCGAAUCCAUGUGGGAUACCAAGAAGGAAGUUAAGGACCGUGCAUACAAGACCAUGGAGAAGAUCUGCGAGUUGAUCCGCAACAAAGAUAUCGAGCGAUUCAUUCCCGAGCUCAUCAAGUGUAUCGCAAAGCCUGAGAAUGUCCCUGAGACCGUCCACUUACUCGGUGCUACCACCUUCGUCACUGAGGUUCAGGAGCCUACCUUAGCCCUGAUGGUUCCUCUGCUAGAUCGUGGUCUUGCUGAGCGAGACACCGCCAUCAAGCGAAAGGCUGCCGUCAUCGUUGACAACAUGUGCAAACUUGUCGACGACCCCAACAUUGUUGCGCCUUUCUUGCCUAAGAUGAUGCCAGGUCUCCAGAAGAACUACGACAACUUGGCCGACCCUGAAGCCCGUGAGAAGACCAAGCAGGCUUUGGACACUCUUAUCCGUGUUGGUGAUAUUAAGGACGGCAAAAUCCCCGAGGUUCGCCAUGAUGGCGAUGUUGCCACUGUGCUGGCUCACCUCCAAGCUGUUAUCCCCAGCAAGCACGCUAAGACAGCUGAGAAGCUAACUCCUGUCUUGGAAUACAUCUCUGCUGUCGGUGGCCAGCUCGUCGACGAGAAGGAAACCGAGUCCUCUACCUGGGCUGCUGCCGUUAAGCCUUUCGUCACAGUCGUCGUUGGCGAUGCCGAUGCUGAAAAGGUUGUCGACAGUCUUAGAAGACGUGCUGCUUCUGGUGCCGCCGACGAGGCUGAAGAAGAGGAGGAUGAUGAUGAGGGUGAGGAUCUCUGCAACUGUACCUUCUCCCUUGCCUACGGUGCCAAGAUCCUUCUUAACCAGACCCACCUACGUCUCAAGCGUGGCCGUCGUUACGGUCUUUGCGGUCCCAACGGAUCCGGUAAAUCUACCCUUAUGCGUGCUAUCAACAAUGAGCAAGUCGAAGGUUUCCCCAAGCAGAGCGAAGUCAAGACUGUCUUCGUUGAGCACGAUCUGGAUUCCGCCGACACUGAAAUGACUACCAUUGACUGGACUAUGAAGAAGCUGGCUGAGGCUAAGGUUGAAACUAGCCGGGAAGACGUCGAGAAGCGCCUCGAAGAGUUCGGUUUCACACCGCAAAUGACUUCGGGUGAAAUCACUGCUCUGUCUGGUGGUUGGAAGAUGAAGUUGGCCUUGUGCCGUGCCGUCUUCGAAGCCCCGGAUAUCCUGCUGCUCGACGAACCUACCAACCAUCUCGACGUGCAGAACGUCAAAUGGCUCGAGGAUUACUUGAUUAACUCCCCCUGCACUUCUAUUAUCGUCUCCCACGACAGCAGUUUCUUGGAUAACGUCACUCAGUACAUUAUCCACUACGAGCGAUUCAAGCUCAAGAGAUACAAGGGUAACCUAAAGGAAUUCGUCCGCAAGAACCCCCAUGCCAAGUCAUACUAUGAGCUUGGAGAAUCCGAGCUCGAGUUCACUUUCCCUGAGCCCGGUUUCUUAGAAGGCGUCAAGACCAAGGCUAAGGCCAUUCUGCGUGCCAACAAGAUGAGCUUUCAGUACCCUGGUACCCCCAAGCCUCAGAUUACCGACAUCUCGUUCCAGUGCUCGCUUGGUUCCCGUAUUGCGGUCAUUGGUCCCAACGGUGCUGGAAAGUCAACCCUUAUCAACGUGCUCACUGGUGAAUUGAUCCCCACUGCCGGUGAGAUCUACCAGCACGAGAACAUCCGUAUCGCCUACAUCAAGCAGCACGCAUUCGCCCACAUCGAUAACCAUCUCGACAAGACUCCUUCCGAAUACAUCCAAUGGCGAUUCCAGACUGGUGAGGAUCGUGAAACCAUGGACCGUGCCAACAAGAUCAUCACUGAAGAAGAUGAGAAGGCUAUGGACAAGAUUUUCAAGAUCGAAGGUUCGCAACGUCGUAUCAUCGGUAUCCACAGCCGCAGAAAGUUCAAGAACAGCUACGAGUACGAGUGUUCGUUUGCCCUUGGAGAGAAUAUAGGCAUGAAGAACGAGCGUUGGGUUCCUAUGAUGACCGCCGACAAUGCUUGGCUACCGCGAAGUGAACUUCUCGCUUCUCACCAGAAGAUGGUCGCCGAAGUCGAUAUGAGGGAAGCCCUGGCUUCCGGUCAAUUCCGACCUCUAGUUCGAAAGGAGAUCGAGUCUCACUGUGCCAACUUCGGUCUUGACGCCGAACUUGUUUCCCACUCGCGUAUGCGCGGUCUCUCCGGUGGUCAGCGUGUUAAGGUUGUCCUUGCUGCUUGCUCAUGGCAACGACCUCACUUAAUCGUUCUUGACGAACCUACCAACUAUCUCGACCGUGACUCCCUGGGAGCUCUGUCUAAGGCUCUCAAGAAGUUCGAAGGUGGCGUUAUCAUCAUCACUCACAGUUCUGAGUUCACCAGGGAUUUGACUGAAGAGGUUUGGGCUGUCAUGGAUGGUAAGAUGACGCCUUCAGGCCACAACUGGGUCCAAGGUCAAGGUUCCGGCCCUAGGCUAAAGCAAGGCGAUGAUGACGAAGAGGAGAAAUUCGACGCCAUGGGUAAUAAGAUCGUGUCGACGAAGAAGAAGGCUAAGUUAACUAGCUCCGAAGCCCGAAAGAAGAAGAAGGGUAAGUGCAACAUCCCAGUCUCGGUAAUGUGUCAAGUUUUUAAAAAUAGUUAUUAAUGAUAUUACAGAGCGUAUGGCCCGCCGAAAGCGUGGUGAGGAGGUCUUCUCCGAUGAGGAUGAGUAGACGUUAUACUACUGUUCUCACAGACACGUAUCCUUACGACUUACUUCUGAUUCACGAAUAUGAUCCCCCUUUUUUUUCCUUUGUCUGAUAUGAACAGAAAAGUUCGGGUUUGCAUGGUUAGGCAUUAUCUCUGUUUCUUGCGCGCCGAGGUUGUCGAAUACUUAUUACAACUACGGGGGGCGUUUCAUCGCAUGGUCGAGCAGGAUGAAGUAGAAAGGGCAUGGUGCCACUGGAUUGGAGGCCUAGGGGUUAGCCUUUCGAAUUCAUAACUGCGAGGAUACCAUAGAUUAGGUAGAUAAGCAGGUGGCUGAAUAGAUUUGAUCUAGAGUUUUA